AAUGAAUCGCGGAACGACGGAGAAUCAUCACACGUUCAAUCUGUUCCGUGUGGCGAUUGGGAGAGAAGCUAAGCGGUUAAUUUAGGUUGUUUAAAUAAUGUAUUUCUUGUUGGGGUCUGAUCCGCGCACUGUUACGGAGCAUUUGUCUUUUGUGCGAGAUAAAAAAAAGAAAUAACAUAAUGACAUGUCAAGUGACAACGAUAGCGGAGACGAUUGGGAGGAAAACAAUGAGGAUGAUUGCCAGAACAUUUUGUGUCUGUUUUGUACAGAAACCGUUAACGGAUUUUCCUCCGCAUUACGCCACAUUGAGCACUCACACAAGUUUGACCUCUGCGAUUUUGUACAAAAACAUAUUCACGACACUUACUCGUAUAUCAAGUUAAUCAAUUUUAUUCGUCGCAAGGAGAUUUCACCGGAACAACUGAGCACACUAGACAUAGAGGCUUGGAACAAAGACGAGUAUCUACGUCCCAUUGUGGAAGAUGACCCAUGGUUAAUGUAUGAUGUUGAAGAUCUCAUCAGUAUUAAAGAUAUGAAUGAAGAACGAGAAGUAAGACAGAUUGACGACAGUAUAAUUGUGCCAAUAGCGGAGUACGAAGAAACCAAAAGAACUAUCAGAUCGCUCAAGUCUCAGCUGAGGGAAUGCGAGGAAACAUGUUUCCUAGUGAGACAGCAAAUGGAUGAGAUGAGAGAGAAAGCGCAGAAAUUGAUACUGGGUGACGAUUUGGACGAGAAAGAAAAAAAUGCCUCGGCUAAUUCAUCUAAUGCUGAUGAAGGCUACUUCAAUACGUACAGUCACUUUGCUAUACAUCACGAAAUGUUGAAUGAUAAAAAACGAACGGAAAGCUACCGAGAUGCAUUAUUAACAAAUUCCAACAAGUUCCAUGAUUGUGUAAUGUUAGACGUUGGUUGCGGGACUGGUAUCCUGUCCAUGUUUGCUGCAAAAUCUGGAUGUCGUAAAGUUAUCAGUGUCGAUCAGUCUGACGUGAUAUAUCACGCUAUGGAUAUAGUAAGAGAGAACAACCUCAGCGACAUAAUCACUUUAAAAAGAGGUCGUCUGGAAGACAUUAGUAUAGGGGUAGAGAAAGUGGAUGCAAUAAUAUCUGAGUGGAUGGGAUAUUUUCUCUUGUUCGAAGGAAUGCUGGACACAGUGAUUUACGCUAGGGACCAUUACCUGACGCCUGGUGGAACAAUUCUCCCAAACAGAUGCACAAUCAGUAUUGUGGGAAGUGGUGACACAAAGAGGUACAUCGACUUGGUUGAUUAUUGGUCAAAUGUAUACGGUUUUAAAAUGAGCUGUAUGAAAGCGGAGGCGUUGCGUGAGCCCAGCAUAGAGAUCUGCAAUGUCGACGAUUUGAUAACAAGCACCGCCGAGAUUCAAGCCUUUGACUUAUAUAAAGUCACUACAGACUGCAUUAAUUUUUCGUCUCCCUUCACGUUGAAUGUGAAGAAAACAGGAUCGUUAACCGCGAUAAUCGGUUAUUUCGACAUUUUUUUCGAUCUCGAGAAUCCAGUUCACUUCAGCACAGGUCCCUAUUCUACGCCGACACAUUGGAAACAGACAGUAUUUUCUUUAAGUGAACCUAUUAGUAUAACUGAAGGUGAAGUUAUAAACGGCACAUUGGUCUGCCGAAGGCACUGUAAGGACAUUCGAGGUUUAAUGGUUGUUAUUCAUAUCAAAAAUUUCUCUCAGACGUAUUUUCUGGAUUAAAACGCUAAAUAUGCUUCUUCCAAGAUAUGCGUUAAUAGUCGCAUGUGCCAAAUUUUUGGAAUAGGGUCCAGCUGUGGCGUUAUGAAGUUUUGAUUUUCGUUGAACGUUUUUUUUUUUUUACGAAUAAUACGUAAUCGCUUAUAAGCUUUAUCUCUCUUACUAUCUCCAAUUUGAAAUUUAUAAUACAUAGAGUCUACAUAGUGUCCGUUUACUUGAACGGAAAAUCUAAUGUAUUUCGAAAUACGCUCUAGUUUUUAAUUUUUAUGUUGGAACCGUUCAUAAAAUCACUAUAUUAAUACAUACAGUUAUGUAUAAUAUUAAUAUAUUCUAUUAAUAUAUAAUAUAUGUAUAUUAAUAUAAUAUACAUAUAUUUGCAUAAUACUUUAAUUCUCUUUCGCAAGCGAAACAUAGGAUACGGCGCUUUGUCUUAAAUAUUUGUGAUAAAUAUGGAAUAAUCAUUGAUCUAGUAGCUAUUUACAUUUGUGCCUUUUUAACGGUAGCGAUUCGUACGUUAUACACACAUAUAUAUAUAUAUCUCUUUAAACUUAUAAAAGUUAUAAACUUAUAAAAUCAAUUUUAAGAAUUUUUGCAUGAACAAAUAGAAUUUUAAUCUUAUAGUCGAUUACAUCACGCUGGCUGCGCGAGCGUAUAACGGCAGAAACAGGAGAGUAGAGAAUUUAAGAAAAAAAGUAUAAAGAGAGAAAUCUGCGCACAGAGAGCUUAGUACACAGACAACGACGCGUAGGAUUCGCCCAGGGGUUAAAUUUUUUAUAGAAUCGUUCGAAGGAAUACCUUGGCGAUCCACUUGGCGAAAACUUCCGUGAAGAAAGAGAUUCUUGUUGCUUCCGCUAGAAUUUUUCUCUAAAAUAGAGUUCAUUAAAUAUUUCCCGUCGACGGAGAGCGACGGCGUUGAUAGAUACAAUACACUUCGAUCGUCCGAUAUUAAUAUUACGCGAAUUCUCCUGCCAUUCUCUUCGUGCGUAUGACGCGUUACUUACGUACAAGAAUUACUUAGAGAGAUCGUUCUUGCUACCGAAUUUGAAAUUGCAACCAAACGACUAAUACAAUUCUGUGAUACGACAAAAAAGUUAUAGCUUAUAGUGUUCACGAGAGCGACGCACCGUUGAUAUACCCCUGCAGUUAUUAUCUGCACACAAGGAUAAAGUAUAUAUGCUGCUCUUAUUGCAUAAGUACAUACCGUACAAUCUGCUGAAAUAGCGAAUUUUGAUCCAAUUUGAUCCCGUAUAUAAUUAUCGAAUAAUUAUAACUUCGACGAUCUUUUGAAAUGUAUGCAAAUUGAAAUAAAUCUUUAGAAUCUUA